AGUCAACUCAAAAUUUCUGAAAUCCCCUCAGCUUUACCCUCCGUUCCUCCCGUCGGCAACCCCUAGCCGUAGACUGCAGCGAUGAACGUCGAGAACUGUAAAGCAACGAGACCUUCUCAGCCUCUCUCUCCUCAAAACGUCCGAGAUCUAUUCGCUUCUGUUGAUGCUUUUCUCUUCGAUUGCGAUGGUGUAAUUUGGAAGGGCAAUACGCUCAUUGAUGGUGUUCCCCAGACAUUGGAAAUGCUUCGAUCCAAGGGGAAGAAACUUGUGUUUGUGACCAACAAUUCGACCAAGUCUAGAAGGCAAUAUGCUGAGAAGUUUCAUUCCCUUGGAAUUCCCGUUUGUGAGGAUGAGAUAUUCUCCUCAUCUUUUGCUGCCGCUAUGUACUUAAAACUCAUUGACUUUCCUCGAGAUAAGAAGGUUUAUGUAAUAGGUGAGGAGGGCUUAUUAGAAGAACUGGAACGUGCUGGUUAUACCGGCCUUGGUGGUCCUGAUGAUGGGAAAAAGAUGGUGCAGCUGAAACCAAAUAGUCUCUUUGAGCACGAUAUGAGUGUUGGAGCGGUUGUGGUAGGAUUGGACCAGUAUAUAAACUAUUACAAGCUACACAUGGUGAUAACAUGCAGGUAUGGAACUCUUUGCAUUCGUGAAAAUCCAGGAUGCCUUUUCAUUGCUACCAAUCAGGAUGCUGUGGGACAUAUGACUGAUUUACAAGAAUGGCCUGGUGCGGGAUGUAUGGUUGCUGCAAUAUGUGGAUCAACUCAAAAAGAGCCCAUUGUGGUUGGAAAGCCUUCAACUUUCAUGAUGGACUUUUUACUUCAGAAAUUUCAAAUUGAUACUUCCAAGAUGUGUAUGGUGGGUGACAGAUUAGACACUGAUAUUUUAUUUGGACAGAAUGCUGGCUGCACAACUCUCCUUGUUCUUUCAGGUGUGACUAAUCUAUCGACUCUUCAAGACCCAUCAAACAACAUCCAACCAGAUUAUCAUACAAACAAGGUGUCCGACAUUCUUAAAUUAUUAGAGUGA